GGUGGGGGAAAAGGAGACUGGGAGGUAGAGAGCGAGAGAGCGAGAGAGAGGUAGACUCACAAACACACACACAAACUGAUGUUCAGGCUUUGGAGAGCAUCUUCUUCCCUCGGCUUCAUUAUCAGGAUGGGAGAGAGAUCUACCAGAAACAGUGUUAUCUAACAAAACUGGAUUAUUUUUUCUCUUUUUUAAAUGUGUAUGGUUAUAUUUGCUCCGCUUUUUGCUAUCUUUGCGUUUGCAACAUGUGGUGGUUACACUGGGCAGCUGCGGGUUAGUGUGGACUGCAUGGAGAGGACCAACAGCAACCUCAGCAUCGCCAUUGACUUUGGCUAUCCUUUCAGGUUACACCAGGUAUGGUUCGAGGCGCCCCUGUGUGAGGGGAUGAGACGGGAGCGCCUCUUCCUCAUCGGAGACUUCUCCUCCUCCGCAGAGUUCUUUGUCACCAUUGCGGUCUUCUCCUUCCUGUACUCCCUCAUGGCCACCGUCGUCUACAUCUUCUUCCAGAACAAGUACCGUGAGAACAACAGAGGACCCCUCAUUGACUUUGUGGUGACGGUGGUGUUCUCCUUCAUGUGGCUGGUGAGCUCGUCAGCCUGGGCCAAGGCGCUGUCGGACGUGAAGGUGGCCACAGACCCCGAUGAGGUGCAGGACCUCAUGUCCGCCUGUAAGGUCAUGACCAACAAGUGUGGCUCGGUGCAAGGCCCUCGCUGGUCAGGCCUCAACACCUCAGUGGUCUUUGGCUUCCUAAACUUCGUGCUUUGGGCAGGAAACAUCUGGUUUGUCUUUAAGGAGACCGGCUGGCACAAGGGGGGCGCAGUGAGGUACCCUGGCGGAGCAUCAGAGAAACAGACGGGGACCUGUAACCAGCAGUCCUAUAACCAGGGCAGCUUCGACCAAUCAGGAGGAAGCUACAGUGGUCAGGGGGAUUUGGAGCAGGCAUCAGAAUACAGCCAGGUGGGCGGUCCCACCUCCUACUCCAAUCAAAUGUAGCCGUGCAUUUUGAUUGGCACCACUCCUUUCUGUAAGGGCAAGUUCAAUAAAGAGAUAAUAGAGGUGUUAACGUGAAAAGAAGUGGAAACGGGACAAGGGGUUAAUCAGUUUGAACUUCUGAUAUAUUAUAUUAUUGGUGUAAUGUUUGUGCAAAAAGAUUAUCUUUGUGUGUCCAAACAUGCAGUUCAUAGGUAGCGAUAUUCUGGUGACAAAGGAAGUGAUUUGUUAAAUGAUGCAGUCGUCAACUGGUGCAGUCGUGAUGAGUAUUGUACAAAAGAAUAGACAUACGGUAGUCCUCAGUUCUGUUUUAUUCAUAUUCUGUUUUACUUAAUGUUGUAUUGCUUGCCUGCUAUGUUUCUGUUUGUUUCUGUGCUUGGUGCUAAGCUACCAUCUGUUCAUAAAGUUUCAGACUGGUCUCACUGUUGGGGAAGGACAAAAUGUGGUCUGCAUUUGUAUUCUUAUAAAGUGUUGACUAAGUGCAUGAAGUUGUGCUGUGUGUACCUAUGGCUGUGUGUGCACCUCCUAAUGAAACUAAAUUGACAGAAUUUGAUCUCUUAAUUGAAAGUUUGUUAUUCCACUCUGUCCUUGUGUAUUUUCUUUUAAAAAUAACUUUUUUUUAACAAACAACCCAGUUUGAUACCAGAGCAUUCCCAUUUAGUAUUAAUUCAAGAAACAUUUAAUUGCACAUGGGAAGACAAAUCCUUGUCCUUUUGUUGGUUGGUGGUUUAUGUUGAAUGAAUGUUUAAUAAAUAUAAAGGGUCUGUCCUCGGUUCACAUAUGGCUGCUAAAGUUUCAAAUCAGAAAAUCGUUUUUCUGUUCCGUGCUCAGGCUACUGUGAGAUGAAUUUCAUACACAACCUGACAGUGCAUUGAAGUACAAGAGCCCAGGCACAGGAGCCAAGGGAAGCUAGAUUCUUUUCCUGGGUGAGCUAGAUCAUGUGUGCUCUGUACCCAUCACUGAACAUGCUUCAUAUUGGGUUUUCUCUGUUCCCAACUCUGUAUAUUAAAUCAUUCAGGUUUGUACAACUUUUGAAAGUAUAUGUAAGUAAAAAUGUAAUGGAUCAAUGUCUGUUAACAUUGAUGCUCAUGAAUUGUGCAACCCUGUGUCUUGAACUCCAAAGCAUGUGGCUUGCAUUACCCAGGUAAAUAAAUA